UGAAGUACAUUCAUGUCCACGCCUAUCAAAUAUAAAACCGACAAUGCAAGACCAAUAUAGGGAAAAAUAAAGGUCACAGCUCAGCCGACAGGUCUGGACCUUAGUGGCCAUGGAAAUAAGAAGACAUACAAUGCAAGGUCUCUAGUUGUGGAGGACGGUUGUUUACCUAAGGCUAUUUGGGACGACAAUAGGAAGGCGUGUGGUUUGUGGACUUGUGGUUUUCCCAGUGUUAGAUUUAAAUAGGGACACGACUGUUGGCGGAACGGUAGACUUAUUUCCUCCUUCAGAUCUCCAUCUCCAAUAUCUCAACCUCCUUCGCAUUAACAUGCAGACAUCUAAUUCAAACAUCGAUUCACCACCGAUCUCAGCUAGCAUUGGGGAGCUGCAGCAACCUUCCGACACUUCGUUCGGGGGAUCUUCAUUACGUAUCCCGCGUCUGCCAGCAGAAAUUCUCUCGGAAAUUUUUCUCCACUCUCUGUCCGAUGACUUGCCCUUUUCCCCCACACAAAGAAUAUGUCGACAAUGGAGGGAGGUUGCUCUUGGCUUGCCAUGGUUAUGGACCCAGCUACAGUUGAUCGCGGACGACGACUUGCGGGAGAGAGUUCUCGCCUAUGACCUCUGGCUCAAGCGAUCGAGAGGAUGUCCUCUCUUGUUGAAACUCGAAUGUUAUACUGACUUUAGCGAGGCACGAAGCCUGCUCCAGCCAUACAUCCAAGGCCCCGUCAUGAUGGAAGACUUCCAUGGACUCAAGGAGCUCAUCGUACGCACUCACGGUCACGAUUCAAAGCGAGCUAUCGAGUGCUCUAUCUCGAAAUUGCCGUGCAACCUUCGCAAGAUGGACCUAUUGGAUCUGUGGGUCAGCUGCAACCAAUUAGACUUCGUCGCUAAUUCCAGGUGGGCCCAUCUCACCCAUCUCGAGGUCAGAGUGAACGGACUAGAUGCAUUCCCUCGCAUACUCCGUCUGUGUCCCAACCUCUCUUCUGUGACAAUCCUCAGCAUAUUUCACCCGAUCAAGAAUCAAGAACCAGUCAUGCACACCAACCUCCGAUGCUUAUACAUGUGUGCGAACUUGUAUCCGAACUUGGACAGAAAACCUGGCCUAUUCAAGGUCCUCAUGCUCCCGAACCUUUGUGUGCUCCAAGCCGCCCAUAUGGGGAGGUGGCCACAAGAAGAGUUUCAAGCGUUUUUGACGAGGUUGAAAUGUUCCCUGGAGCGCCUUGCAUUUCGCGGAGUGUCCUUGACAGAUCAACAGCGAGAGGAAUAUGCUGCUCUUGUUCCUUGCUUUGAAAUAAUGAAGACGACUACUGCAGAUCCACUAAGGUUGUAGCUAUCGAACAAUGGACCAUCCUCAUGAUGGUCGACGAACAUACUGAAAAAAAGGUCUGACAGGUUGUCGUCGCAUCAUUUCCGAUUGUCAUUAAUCUUGCUCAUGAGGG